AUGCCGUUUAUGUUGUGUUAUGCAGACAUUGACGAAUGCCGUGAAAAGUCACAUGUCUGUGACCGAGAUAGUCACUGUGUCAAUACUAAUGGCAGCUACAAAUGCUUGUGCGAUCCAUGUUACUCUUGGAAUGGAGAUUCUUGUGAAGUAAUUCAGUGCCCUAGUUUCCCACCUCCUGCCCAUGCCAGACUAAAAUAUGGUGGAAACGAAGGAGGGCACACAGCUUGUAACACUACUGUCAGGUUCGAGUGCUUACCUGGUUACAACCUUUCUGGACCAAGCGAAAUCACAUGUAAAAAUACGGGAAAUUGGAGCGACGCGCUUCCAUCAUGUUUAGACAUCAACGAAUGCCAUGAUCGUCCAUAUCCAUGUGAUCCCACUUCCAGUUACUGCGUCAAUACUGAUGGCAGCUACAAAUGCAAGUGCAGAGCUCCAUGUUACCAUUCGAAUGGAGAUUCUUGUCAAUUGGCUAGGUGCCCUGAACUCGUACUUCCCGAUCAUGUUGAGAUAGUAGGAGGAAAGGAAGCUCCAUGUAGAACUACUUAUAAUUUUGAGUGCUCAUCUGGAUACAGGUUAUCCGGCCCAAACAACAUCACGUGUUUCGCAGGAAAUUGGAGCGAUGCACCUCCAUCAUGCGUAGACAUCAACGAAUGCCAUGAUCGUCCAUAUCCAUGUGAUCCCACUUCCAGUUACUGCGUCAAUACUGAUGGCAGCUACAAAUGCAAGUGCAGAGCUCCAUGUUACCAUCCGGAUGGAGAUUCUUGUCAAUUGGCUAAGUGCCCUAAACUCGUACUUCCCGAUCAUGUUGAGAUAGUAGGAAGAAGGGAAGUUCCAUGUAAAACUACUUUUGAGUUUGCUUGCUCACCUGAAUACAACUUAUCUGGCCCAAGGAACAUCACAUGUAUCGCCGGAGAAUGGGAAAAGGGACCUCCAUCGUGCGUAGGCGGUGUUGUUUAUACUGUUGAGGGACGAGUAAGAGAUGCCUCUACUAAGAACUUCAUUAGUGGAGCAGUCGUUUUUCUUGGACAGAGAUCAGCAACCUCAAACAGCGAAGGCGUUUUCCGGUUUUCCAACGUUCCUGCUCAUAAUUACGUAUUGAAUGCAUCUGCAGAUAGCUAUGUGUCUAACUCAAAAAGACUUAAAGUAACUGGCAAUAUUGAGAAAGGCACAGUUGCCGACAUUAUUCUCACUGCACUGUUGGAAUCAGAUACUUGGAAGAUCGUAGUUUCGUGGGGUGAAGAACCAAGUGAUCUCGAUGCCUACUUGGUACUCCCAGACCCUGAUAGUCCUCACGUCAGUUACAACAACAUGACAGUAAUAUCUAAAUCUGGAAUGAUCACUUUGGAUACCGAUAGCAAGAAGAAAUACGGCCAUGAAACUAUAACAAUUACCAAUGGAGUUGAGCCUGGCGCAUACGGUCAUUAUGUUGAUUCAUAUGCAGUUCCGAAUUAUGAUUUUCGCAAAGGAAAUGGAACUGUAGAGCUAUACAACGGGAACACUAAAGUGGCCAACAUUCGUUUGCCAUAUCAUAGCCAAUUGAAACACUGGGUAACAUUCCAAAUAUUUACUUCACUCAAAAAGUUCCAAGUUAUUAACGAGAUCACCAAUGAUUAUCAAGACUUGCUUGCAGACAAAGAAAAAGAAUUUCGUCGUCAACAGACUCAAGGCUAAACAGCUUUUUUUGCUAUAUGUUGUCUGUAAUAUGCUGACUGGUUUGUAGUACAGUUCCAUCUUCUGUAACGAUGGGCGUAUGGAUGCUUGCUCUGUUGUCUUAUGUCACGUGUCUAUUUCUUUGCGAUGUUGCUUUCGUACUGCUGUUCUCGAUUAUUUGUACUGUUUCUGUCUUGGAGUGAAAUUUGUUAAACACGAUGCUCAA